AUGUUGUGCAUAGUAUCUCAGGUGACCGAUGGAGCUGCGGUUGUACUUGACCCACCUUCUACUUCUACAUCCGACACACCCGUUUCAGCCGGACCCAUUCUUUCACCUGCAUCAGUCGGGCCCAUUCGUUCACCUGCUUCAGCCAGGCACAUUCCAUCACCCGUUCCAGCCGGGCUUUCCACGUCUACUACUCCAUCACGGAGACCUCAGGAUGAUCCUGAGGGUGCUUCAUACUUACUUCCACCCUCACAUAGACUUCGUCAGGGCAAUUCUUUUUUUGCUGGGCCACCUCCGGAGGUACACGAGGAUGAUCUGGUGCGGGGGCCAGUGCCUGUGCCAGAGCCCGUUUGGUACCCCGGUGGGCCCGUAGACGCCUCUCUGCUUAUUGGAUAUGCAGACCAUGCUGCGAGAUGUAUAUGGGAUGGAGAUAGCAGGGACUCCCAGAGGUUCUACAACCAUGGACGGAAGAUUAGGGAUCUCGCGCAGCCUGACCAGCCAUGGUUUCAGGAGGUACUGGCAGCUUCAGGUCUGAGGGACCUUUAUAUGCUUGGCUACUAUACUAUACAUAAUGGUAUGCCUGCAGCCUUUGUAGAGAGAUGGCAUCUUGAGACCUCCUCCUUCCAUUUACUCCACGGUGAGAUUACUAUCACCCUAAAUGAUGUGGCAUGCCUGCUUCAUCUACCUAUUAGGGGUACCCUAUUUCGUCACGGUAGGAUGACGAAAGCGGAAGCUCAGGAGAUGCUGAUUGCUAAGUUGGGGGCUGAUCCCGAUGAUGCCCUUGAGGAGGUUGAGAGGACUCGGGGGGUCCACGUCAGGUUUAGCUUCCUUCAGAGGCAGUACGACUUGGAGCUCACUGCGGCUCACCAGGCUGAGGGAGACGACUUGGAGCAGGCUACGCACAGAGAGCGGGCGCUGAGGUGCUACUUCCUAUAUUUGAUAGACACCCAACUCUUUGUGGACACGAGCUCGACGUACACAGACGUCGUAUACCAUACGUACUUAUCGGAUAUAUCAUGUAUCCAUGAGUACAAUUGGGGAGCGGCUGCUUGGAUACUACAACACUUCCCAGACAUUAUUGGCUGGAAAGAGGUGUCCACCUACACAGAGGUCAUGCUGCGUGCCAAAUGUUUCUUCCCCCGCAGAGGGAACCCACAUUCGGAUCCAUACAGGCGCGGUCUUGACUGCAUGGCCACCGAGGACAUCAGGUAUGGCUGCUAUGCUGCACCUCGGGAGACGGUUCCGUUUGGCGAGAUAGCUCUGUACUCCAGAUGGUUGGCCGCUAGCUCGACCAUUGUUGUACGCUAUCUUUCGGACCAAGUCAUGCGACAGUUUGGAUAUGAGCAGACCAUACCUCGCGAUCCUAGUGUAUUAGCUCCUAUCGCCAUGACUCGCAUGCAGUUAGAGGAGGUCUUUGCAGAUUGGGAGCAUCACAUGGUCCCUGAGGAGGCACGGGCGACGCCAUAA